UCUGAAACAAUGUUUUCCUGAACGACAUCGUCUCACCGGAAAGCUUGAUCCUCCUUCGGGGAUUCACUAUUUCACUUCCCCUGAUAACAUCCGCCGCAGUUCCUCUUUUCAUUGUUGCGUCUCCUCCCAUCCAAAUUCCAAAGACUAUUCUUCCCUUUCCCCUUCCCCUUCCCCAAUCCUCUCUCAGCUGUCUGUUUGCUCUCCACCAAACUCGCGUUCAUACCCUCCUCCGCCGAGCAGGCACUUCUGUCCGACAAUCAAUUGCCUUGUCGUCGCUGAUUUUCUCCUCAUCCGCUCACCGCCCGCCAGCCCACAUCGGCAACAGUAGAGUGAAAAAUCUGUAAAGUCGUCGUCUUUUUGGCCUCCCUCUCUUCUAUGGAUCUGGUAAUCUUAUCCCUCGAUACCUUCAUCCCUGAUAAAAGGUGGAUUGGAUCCACUCAUCGUAUUUCCUAUUCCAAUUAGGACUGGGUUACCGAAUCGAAUUAGAUUACUUAUUUAUAGGGAUUGGGGGAGAUAGGAUAGAUGGGGUGUAGAAUUGAAUAAAUUGGGUAGGAUGGAAGGUGGCGGCAGGAGCAAGUGCAUCAUCGGCGGCGGCGUGGAUCCAACUGUGAUGACGUCGACAAUCCAGGAUCUUCCAGACAGCAUAUUGAUCAACAUAAUUAGUCGGCUGCGAAUGAAAUCUGCAAAAAGAUGCAGCGCGGUAUGCAAGGCAUGGUACAGGAUUCUCAAGGACGAGGCAACAUCGCGCUACAUGGAAAGUUGCUACGAUGGCAGCAGCAGCUUCGCUCUGUUGAGCAUAGCGUUGGCCCUGUCAAGCACCACUGUAUCGGCUUAUGUGGUUGCAGCAGAGUCUUCUUCUGAAGAAGAUACGGUGGGAUGUGCACGAUUCGUCCUUGAGGGAGCACCCACCGUGCUCGGUUGUUGCAAUGAUGUGCUACUUUGUCAGGGUUUGGAAUCUGUUUACUUCGUCUGGGAGCCCCUCGGCGGGAAUGAUAACUGGGUUCCACUCCCACCUCUAAAAUAUGAAAGUAUUGAUAGGUUCCUGUGUGGAAUUGCGGCCCAUUCAGAUGGUAGCUUUACUGUGAUUCAUAUUGCAGGCUGCGUCAGGUGGCAGCCAGCUCAUCGUCUGUCAGUGCAGACGUUUAGUAAUCACAAGCACAACUGGGUUUGGAAAGAAGAAGUAAUGUAUUUGCCUGCAGGCCGAGUAUUUAAUUGGGAGUCCACAUAUUAUCCUCAAGGAAUUAUGUACAAGGGAUUCAUGUUUUGGCUUGGGGAAACACACUCCCUCUUUGGAGUUGCUGAUCCAUAUCACGCUGCUGAUGGUGAGGGUUCGUCUGCUUCUUGUGUGCCUCUACUUAUUGAUCUGCCUCCAAAAUUUGUGUACAAGAACAAUGAACGCUUGGAAAUAUGCAGAGGAAACUUGACCAUUCUCCAAAUGUCAGAGUGGCCAACGCCAUGCGGCACUGUUAGCGUUUGGAUUCUACUUGAUGAUGAUGACCACUGUCGAUGGUUAUUGCAUAAGCACGUUUCUCUCCGCAACGUCUUUCAACAACCACCUCUGGAUGAGUGUGUUUUGCCUUUGUAUCAGCAGCGAGUGGAACUUCUUGGCAGUAAUCCUUCUGACCACAACAUCAUCUAUUUCAGAGUCUGGAUGACUGUGUUUUCUUUGGAUUUUUCCACCAUGGCUCUCCAACAUGUGUUCCACUAUCCUCCAGACACCUGGCUCCGAGGCCACUCCGUAACUGCUUUGACGUAUAAACCCAAAUGGCGCCCCGCGCCUGUCCUUGCUUUUGCCGUUGCAUCUUUGUUUAAGUUUUAAUUUACACACAUUACAAAGCUAGGCUUAGGGUUGGGCUAAGCUAGCUCUUUCUGUGUGAUGUGUUGUGCUAUCUAUAUUUGAUUACCAUGUACUAUCAGGCAUCUAUUCCGUCUCUGCUCUGCGCUGCUUGGAAUGGAUCCAGUUCAAUUUGCGCAUUUAGUUUAGUUCUUAGUUCCAUUGUUUCAACGGGGAGGAAUGUAUACAGCAUAAAGUAAAGAGCUUGGCACUGUAGUCAAUAUUGUAAUUCUCUUUCAUCUUUUGUUUUCCCUACUACUACAAGUAAAUCGCAAAAGGUUAU